AUGGUCUCGUCCAAGUUUCUUCCUCACGAAGGAAAUCAUCGCAAAAUUCGAGUCGCCAUCAUUGGCGCAGGCAUCUCUGGACUUGCCGUCGCCAACGGCUUGCUGAAAGACCCAGCUGGAAAAUUCGAUGUCCAGGUCUUCGAACGUGAUACCAUUGCCUUCAACUCAGAGCGUGGCGGGUAUCAGCUCCGCAUCAGCGCCAAUGGCUUGAACGCUCUGAAGACAGUCUCCGACCCUGAACUUUGGUCCUUGAUCCGCGAGGUUUGGGCCGGUGAUCAGGCGGAAGCGCCCACGAUUGUUGACCCCAAGACUUUCGCGGCUCGCCUACGCUUAGGCGAUCUCAAGUUGUAUCCCAAGAGUCAGGCUAUACCCAGAACGGGACUGCGUGGUGCUCUCCUGCAGCCGUUACUUGUUCAAGGGCGGGUUCACUUCAGCCAUACCUUCACUCGCUUUGAGCUCAUGCCGGGCGAGCAAUGCGGCGUGCUGCUGUACUUCGAUGGCCAAGCUUCACAGGAGGCCGACAUUCUUAUCGCAUCAGACGGUAGCGGCAGCCAGGUCAACCGGCAGGUUGGCCUAAAUAACAAGAUUAAGCUGGAGGCCAUGACCUUGAUUCAGUCUCGCGGCACCAUUUCACGAUCCGUACUGGAUGAGCUGCCCGAGUCGCUCGUCGAAUCUGGCUCGGUGAUGUUCUUGGGCGGCAAAGACGUUGCUGGAUUUUCAUCUGUCUACGACGCCAAGAAGGACCUUAAUACCGGUGAUACAGAGUCAUACACGUUGUUCUGGUCAGUCGGUAUACCCAGAGCUCGGGGAGACGAGCUGAUAGCGAAGGCCGGCUCGAACCCUCAAAAAAUAAUUCCUCUCCUUAUAGAUUACUUCCGAAACGACCUGGGCUACGGCGAACCUUUGGAAAUUAUCAUACGAUCGGCCACCGAGGCUAUCCGGACAGGUCUUGUGACCAGCUCCUUCAAGCCUAAGACGGAUUGGCGGAAUGGUAUCGACAAGAAUUCGCGGGUGAUCCUCCUCGGCGACGCGGUGCAUCCAAUGACGCCGGGCCGAGGUAUGGGUGCAAACCAGGCACUGACUGAUGCUGGAAAUCUUGUCGAGCUUUUUCACCAAGCAACAUUCGAGAAGGACGUGCCGUCUGAUGGAGAGCUUGCCGCCUUGGUGCGCACAUUCGACGCGGAGAUGUACCCACGCGCAUUCAAGAUGGUGAAGGCCAGUGAGAGUGUAACCUCGCUGGACUUGACGACGGUGUCGGGCAAGAUGAUCAUAGGUUUCAUUGGAAUGGCAUUGACCGCGAUGGGAUGGUUUGUUUCAGCCUUGGAGACUGUUGGCUUGAAAACCGUGGUGAAGGUAGACUAUGUAUCGCAUGAGAAGUAG